UGGUGGAGACUGGAGAGGAACAACUGCAAAUUAGUGCAAGAGAUGGAAAGCUCAAGCAAGAUGAUGAACACAACCAUCUCUCCUCCUCUUCACACUCUUAAGCCCUUGCGUCGCACGUGGUUAAACCGUGCAUUUGCAUUAGUCUACACGUGUGCCAUAGUUGCACUCUUCUAUCAUCAUUCACUCACUCUCCUCCACUCCACUUCCUUCACCACCUUCUUCCUCUCCCUCAUCUUUCUUCUCACUGAUGCCAUCUUCGUCUUUAUGUGGGUCAACAAUCAAUCCUACCGGAUGCGUCCAGUCCGUCGCCGGGAGUUCCCAGAAAACCUCCUUCGUUUUAUGAAGGAGAGGGAUUUUCCGGCGGUGGACAUAUUUAUAUGUACAGCUGACCCAUACAAAGAGCCACCGAUAAACGUAGUGAACACUGCUCUAUCGGUGAUGGCUUAUGAUUAUCCGAUGGAGAAGCUCUCGGUUUACGUUUCAGAUGAUGGGGGCUCGGAGCUUACUCUGUUUGCUUUCAUGGAAGCUGCCAAGUUCGCCACCCACUGGUUGCCUUUCUGUAAGGAGCAAAGGAUAGAAGAGAGGUGUCCUAAUGCUUAUUUCAAGUCCACCCACAGGUGCACUGAGACUCAAAAGAUGAAGACAAUGUAUGAAACCAUGAAAGCCAAGGUUGAGAGUGCAAUGGACAGAGGGCGUGUUCCUGAUGAGUAUAUUGCCAAUGUAGUGGAGCGCGACGUCUUUGACAAAUGGACGGCUGGAUUUACCCGUGAUGAUCAUCCGGCAGUGAUUCAGGUUUUGGUGGAGAAUGGAAGAGAAAAGGACAUGAGGGGCCAUGAAAUGCCAAACCUUGUGUAUGUUUCCCGAGAGAAGAGCAAGGCCUGUCCCCACCAUUUUAAAGCGGGUGCCCUAAACGCACUACUUCGUGUGUCAGCUGCCAUGACAAAUGCACCAGUACUUCUAACCCUAGACUGCGACAUGUACUCAAAUGACCCGAAAACUCCUCUUCGGGUGCUAUGCUAUCUCUCGGAUCCUACACUCGGGUCAAAACUAGCUUUUGUUCAAUUCCCCCAGCACUUCCAUGGGAUCAACAAGCAUGAUAUCUAUGCUGGUGAAAUGAAGCGUUUGUUCCAAAUUAAUCCACAAGGGAUGGAUGGCCUAGCUGGUGCUAACUAUGUCGGCACAGGAUGUUUUUUCCAACGACGAGCUUUUUUCGGACCGCAGUCAUCGCUAUUGUCUCCUGAGAUCCAAGAAUUAAACCCGGAUCAUGUUGUGAACAAGCCGGUUCGGUCUGAAGCAGUUUUAACAUUGGCUCACCAUGUGGCUAGUUGCAACUAUGAGAAUCAGACCAACUGGGGCAUCAAGAUGGGUUUCAGAUACGGAUCCUUGGUCGAAGACUACUACACGGGUUAUCGGCUUCACUGUGAGGGCUGGAAAUCAGUGUUUUGUAAUCCAGAGAGAGCAGCCUUCCUAGGGGAUGCACCCAUCAAUCUGAGUGAUGUGCUGGGCCAGAUCAAGAGGUGGUCUGUGGGCCUAUUAGAGGUAGCCUUCUCCAAGUACAGCCCAGUCACCUUCGGAAUUCAAUCAAUGGGCAUACUAAUGGGCCUUUCUUAUGCUCAUCUAGCAUUUUGGCCUAUUUGGUCCUUUCCAGUCGCAUUCUAUGCCUUUGUUCCUCAGCUGGCUCUCAUCAAUCGGGUCUUCAUCUUUCCAGAGGUAUCAGACCCUUGGUUCUAUUUGUACAUAUUCCUUUUCUUGGGAGCCUAUGCACAGGAUCUACUAGAAUUCUUACUAGCAAGAGGAACAAUCCUAAUGUGGUGGAACAAUCAAAGAAUGUGGAUGAUAAGGGGAAUCUCAUCUUACCUAUUAGGAUCCAUUGAUUUCUUUCUUAAAUCAAUUGGCAUAUCUGCAUUUGGAUUCAAUGUGACUAGCAAAGUGAUCGACGACGAACAAAGUAAGCGUUAUGAACAAGGUAUUUUCGAGUUCGGAGUUGCAUCACCCUUAUUUGUACCACUAACAACAGCUGCCAUUAUCAACUUGAUCUCAUUACUAAAAGGAAUAGCAGAUCUUUUCAAAGAUGGGAAUAUUGGGGAAGUAUUUGUGCAAUUAUUCCUAUCUAGUUUUGUGGUGAUAAAUUGCUGGCCAAUUUAUGAAGCUAUAGCUCUGAGGAAGGAUGGAGGAAAGAUGCCUACAAAGACUACUGUGGCAUCUACCCUACUAGCAUGGGUUCUUUAUUCAAUGGCAUCUCUUAUAUCAAAACCUUGAAAUAUUAUUGGGAUUUCUCCUCUCUUCUCUCAUUUGUUUUCAGAGAAAUCUAGAAUAAUCCUUUGUGAAAUGCAUGUGUGUGUGCACCCGUGAUGCAUGCCUUUUUUGUUUUUAUUUCUUGUAAGUGUAGGGGAUUUCUUUUUAUCUUUUUUUAAGGGGUGAAGGUGUCAGUUAAUGUAAUGAACAUAAAAGUUAAUUAAUUUAAUUAUGUUAUUUUAAACAA